UUUUCCUUCUUGUUCAUUGCGACACCUUUGGUAAUUCGUGAAGAAAUCUGCUGAUAUAUAUCAAAUCCUUAAACUACAGAAACUAUGGGAGAGGCUUUUCUUGGGGCAUUCCUUCAAGUGCUGGUCGACAAGAUGGCGCGUCGUGAGGUGUUCAAGUACUUUGGACUCAUAAAGGGCGUCGACCAAAAGCUGCAGAAGUGGACUGCCACCUUGUCUGCAAUUGGAGCGGUUCUGAAUGAGGCAGAGGAAAGGCAACUAAUCACGGAGAGCAAGCCGCUGAAGCUUUGGCUGGAUGAUCUCAGGGACUUGGCUUAUGACGUGGAAGACGUAUUGGACAAAUAUGCUACUAAAAUGCUCAAACGGGAGAUAGAGCAGGGACAUUAUGCCGGCACCGCAAGAAGGGUCUGGAACUCAGUCCCUAAUGGUGUUUUCAACUACAAAAUGAACUCAGAAAUACAGAAGAUUACUGAGCGUUUACAAGAGAUAUCUCAGCGAAAGGACCAGCUUAGUUUGAAUAUCAUUACUGGGACGACGUCGUCCACUAAAGCACGUCAAAAUUUACCUCCCAGUUCCAGUCAACCAGAUGGACCUGUGAUUGGAAGGGAGGAAGACAAAAGGCAGGUCGGGGAAUUUCUGUCGAAACAAGAGCGCGGUGCCGUCAAUUUCGAUGUAGUUGCCAUUCCUAUGUCAAAUGACGUUUGUUUUGAAGUAUUUGAGCAGCAUGCAUUCAGGAAUGUUAACAGAGAUAUACCACCAAAUUUCGAGUCACUCAAGGAGAAAAUUGUUGCAAGAUGCAGUGGAUUGCCUUUGGCUGCUAGGACUCUUGGCGGCCUUUUACUUCGUAAAGAGAUGAAUGAAUGGGAGGAAAUAUUGAACAACAAAUUAUGGAGUCUAUCAAAUGAGCGUGACAUACUUCCGGUAUUAAGAUUAAGCUAUCACCAUCUUCCUUCACAUUUGAAAAGAUGCUUUGCCUAUUGUUCGAUACUUCCAAAUGGCUAUGAAUUUGGAGAGCAUCAAUUGAUUCUUCUGUGGAUGGCAGAGGGUUUGAUUCAACCACAACCAGAACAUAAUAAGCAAAUGGAAGAUUUAGGAACUGAUUAUUUUCAGGAGCUCUUAUCGAGGUCAUUAUUUCAGAAAUCAAGCAAAAACAAUUCAAAAUAUGUAAUGCAUGACCUCGUUGUUGGUUUGGCACAGUGGGCAGCAGGAGAUAUUUGUUUUAGAUUGGAGGAUAAGCAGAAUAGCGAUCAUGUACAACUUGGAUGUUUUACGAAGGCCCGCCAUGCGUCCUACAUUUCUGAUAAGUAUGAUGUGCUUAAAAGAUUUCAGGCAUUUUCUGAAGUGAAACAUUUGCGAACCUUCCUACCACUUUCAGGUGAUUAUCCUUCGAAUUAUCUAAGUCGUAAGGUUACUUUUGAUUUAUUGCCAAAAUUGCAAUACUUGCGGGUGCUUUCUCUCAAUGGCUAUAAAGUAACUGAGCUGCCAAAUUCAAUUGGUAAUUUGAAGUAUCUCCGGUAUCUUGAUCUUUCUCACUCAGAGAUAACAAGUUUGCCUGAAUCAACAACCACUCUUUUCAACUUACAGACAUUGAUAUUGGAAGGUUGUUCACAUUUGAAGGCACUGCCUAGAAACAUGAGGAAUCUAGUGAAUCUGCGUCAUCUCAACAAUUCAAAUGCGUAUUCACUGAAAGCAAUGCCUCCGCAACUAGGUCGGUUGACAAAUCUACAAUCUUUGCCUAAUUUUGUGGUGGGCAAAGGCAGUGAUGAAUCAGGGAUAAGAGAGAUAGGAUCCCUAUCCCAUCUCCGAGGGAGAUUAUCGCUCUCAAGGUUGGAGAAUGUGAUCGAUGCUGAGGAUGCACGGAGGGCCGACUUAAAAUCCAAGGAGAUAGUAGAUGAAUUGGUGCUAGGUUGGUCGGAUAACACACAAGACACGCAAUUAGGCGUGCUUGACAGAUUAGAACCUCAUAGAAUGCUUGAAAAACUCAUCAUCUGGGGUUAUGCUGGAUUAGAAUUUUCAACAUGGAUUGGAGAUCGUCUAUUCUCUACUAUGGUUGAGGUAAGCUUAAACAAGUGUGAGAAGUGCAAAAUCUUGCCACCACUUGGACAGUUGCCUUCACUCAAAACGCUUUAUAUUAGAGGAAUGACUGCAGUGGAAAGUGUUGGUCCUGAGUUUUAUGGAGAGAGUAGAUUGCCUUUUCCAGUACUAGAGGAUCUUGAGUUUGAGGAUAUGCAACAGUGGAAGAAAUGGCUUCCUUUCCCACAAGAUCAGGUUUUCCCUUGCUUGAAAUUGCUUUCAAUCAGAAAUUGUCCUCAAUUGGAGGGUAAGGUGCCCGAGAACCUUGAUUCAUUAGCAACACUUAGAAUUAUUCAUUGCGAGGAAUUGGUGAUUUCAAUUUCCAACUAUAAACAAAUUGGUGCAUUAUACAUCAACGGUUGCAAUGCGGUGGUGGUGAAGACAAGUGGCGUUGAGUUUGAGUUAUUAAAUUUCUUGAAACUUUCAAAUAUUUCAGAGCUGAGGUUCCAAACCGGGGAAUUCACCAAAGGAUUAAGGAAGGUUGCACAAUUGACGAUUGGCGGAUGUGAGGAGCUGACAUCUUCACUGAAGAAUGAGGAUAGAGUAUUGCAACACUUGAUUUCUCUUGAUCGUUUGGUUAUUGAAGGCAACUCUUCCCUCCUUGAAAAGCUGGGAAAAGAAGCAGAGGAGUUGCUGCAAUUGCAAAUCUUGACUUGCAAGCUUAAAUAUCUAGAAUUAAACAAGUGUGCAAGUCUUUCGAAGGUACCAGAAGGGUUGCAUCACCUAACGGCUCUUCAAGACCUUCAAAUAGUUGGAUGCUCAAGUCUGGUUUCUUUUCCAGAUGUUGGUCUGCCUCCUUCCCUUGAGGUCAUAACCAUUCAUGAGUGUGAUUCGUUGCUGUAUUUCGCAAAAUACCAGAUUCCCCCAAAUCUAAGAAGAAUAGAGAUACGGCAGUGUAAAAGUUUGAAAUCAUUAGUAGAGAAAGAGGAGGAUAGUUCUUCGUCUUCGUCUUCUUCUCCUAUUUCUCUUGAGCACUUGCAAAUAUGGGGAUGUGAAUCUCUAAUGUCGUUAUCAUUGAGAGCCCAGUUGUUUCCCAGGGCACUUAAAAGCCUUCUCAUAUAUGAUUGUGGAGAGCUGCAGUUAAUAACGGAGGGCCUAUGCCCCCUCACCAAUCUUCAGACUUUAGCUAUUUGUAAUUGUGGGAGUCUGGUUUCCGUCCCGAGCCUAAGUUUGCUUUCGCCAACAACAACAGCCGCCUCUAGCCUGAGACUUAUCUGCAUCCAAAAUUGCAACAAAUUGGAGAUGUUACCGGACAUGAGCAAUCUCAACUGUCUUCAGGAAUUGAGUAUUGAUUACGGUGAAGGUUUAAAUUUCACUUCCUUUCCUCCCAACCUAACAGUGCUUCAUAUCAGGCGAAUCAAGAAUUGUAAGCUGCUGUGGGAGUCGUUGCACAGGCUCACCUCUCUUACAGAGUUGAGCGUCAUUGGCGAAGACCCAUAUGUGGUGUCGUUUCCACCUGAAGGAGACACAGAGAUGGAUAUGGAGAUGCUGCUCCCCAAAUCUCUCACUCAUCUCUCAAUUAAGGGUUUCCCGAAUCUGAAGAAACUGAGUAGCAAGGGCUUUCAAUUCCUCACCUCUCUUCAAUCUCUUGAACUCUGGAAUUGUCCAAAGCUGGCAUCCAUUCCAGUGGGCCCGACUCUUUCACUUUCCCGAUUUUGUAUCUAUGGGUGUCCAAAGAUAUUUUGGGUCAUAUCUGAGUCGCAAAGAUCUUGUGUCUUUGGACCACAGUGGUACAAAAUAUCCCACAUUCCUUGCCUAGUGAUAUAUCCAACUCUCCCCAGGUGGGUCUUUUUCAUCUACAAUUGCUUCAAGCGGGACUCCAACGAUUUAUCGAGCAAAUGGCAGAGAUCUGGGUCAAUUAUGGUGGAAAAAUAAUAUUUUGAUUAAAGUGGCUCAAAGCUGAAAGGAAAUAGUGCAAGAGAAGAAAAUUCCAAUUCAUUAUCAAUUAUGAUGUUAAAAGAGAAAGAAGGAUGUAUCAUUGAGAUUUUUGAGUUGCUUGAUUAAGUUUGAAGCACAGAGGAUUCUUUGCCAGAUUUAUAUUACUUUAUUGUUUGCAAUUGGCGGUGUUGAAUGAUGCGGAGGAGAAGCAACUGACAUGGUGUGAAAUUGUGGCUAGAUGAUCUCAGAGACUUGGCUUACGAUGUGGAAGACAUGCUGGACAAGUUUGCUA